AUGUUUGGAUUUCGAAAAGCUCCGCCACCAACCACCGAACCAGAAAAGACCACAGCCAUCACUCCAGCUAGACGAACUUCUUCAGAACCCGUCCUACCAGUGCCAAAGUCAAAAGGGAACUAUUUCGAUGAAGAUGACGACGACGAUUGGGGAAGAAAGCCUGCAUCGUCAGCGGCUUCAAAAGGUGGACUAGAGAAUCAAAGUGUUCAGGAGUUGGAAAACUAUGCAGUGAACAAGGCUGAAGAGACAACAAACAGUGUUAAUAAUUGUUUGAGGAUUGCUGAGGAUAUUCGAAGUGAUGCUACAAGGACUCUUGACAUGUUGCACCAGCAGGGUGACCAGAUUACAAGGACUCAUAAUAUGGUUGUCGACACCGAGAAGGAUUUGAGUAGGGGUGAGAAACUCCUAAACAAUCUCGGGGGCAUGUUCUCGAAACCCUGGAAGCCAAAGAAGGGAAAGGCGAUCACCGGCCCUGUGAUUACAUCAGAUCACACAUCCAAGAAGGAUGUAAUGAGUAAGGAAGAUAGGGCAAAGCUAGGGUUAGCUCCUUUGCCUAAGGGACGUUCUGCUCCGACAACACCUCCUAAUGAAUCUGACAAUGCCUAUCAGAAAAUCGACUAUGAAAAAGCUAAACAAGAUGAUGGACUCUCAGAGCUCAGUGAUAUCUUGGGUGAUUUGAAGGGUAUGGCAAUUAGUAUGGGAACUGAACUUGACAGCCAAAACAAAGCCCUUGAUCAUCUCGGUGACGAUGUUGAUGAGCUGAACAAUCGUAUGAAAGGUGCCAACCAGCGUGCACGCAAAUUAGUAGCGAAGUAA